AUGGACGACUUCAUAAACUUCGAGUCUUUCGAAGGCUCAAAGAUAACCCCCCAACAAUCCACCAGCGAGGACCUUCUCAAACUUAUCAGUAACAACAUGAACGUCGGGUUCGAUUUGAACGAUGAGAGCCUCGAUGCUGAAACAUUAUACAAAUCAAUGGUGGCCAAAUACGGGAAUAUCAAUGACAAUACCAGUGAGAAUAUAAAUGAGAAUACAAAUGAGAAUAUAAAUGAUAACACCAACGACAAUAUAGAUAAUAAUAUCAACAUUGAUCACCUCCUAAACAACCAAUACCUCAACAACACCUUCCAAGAAAUCGACUCAACCCCUACCAACGUCGCCAGCCCAGUGCUGAUCGAUGCCAACCUUCAUAAUAAUAAUAGCAGUUAUACUAAUGAUCCUUCCCUAAACAUGUCAAUCCAAAGAAACAGCAAUGUCUCAGACCUUUUGAACAACCAAUACUUCUCCCCCAACGUACAGGCAAGACCUCUUACCCAACCAACAACAACUGGGUUUUCUCCUUCAUCGUAUGGUGGGGGAGAAUCUUUCGACGCUUAUGGGUCGCUUAAUUCCCCGGUAUCUCUCUCAUCUAGCAUCAAUAAUUUAUCUAGGCCUCCUGCCUCCAAACAACCCCUUACCAAAGAAGACAAACUAAAGCGUCGUCGGGAGUUCCAUAAUGCAGUAGAGCGUCGUCGGAGAGAUUAUAUCAAGGAGCGGAUUAAGGACUUGAGUAAGCUUGUACCACCGUUGAUGCUUGUAUACGAUGAGAAUGGUAAAGAAACCAAGCCUAAUAAGGCGAUGAUACUUACUAAAGCUGUUGAUUAUAUUGGGAGUUUGAAUGGGGUGAUUGAUGUACAAAUGCAAAGGCGGCUUGAUAUUAUUGAGAAGAUUAAAGAGUUACAGAAGCUUUAA